AUGGAUAUCGACAAGAAGUACGACAACUACGACUUCCCCGUCACCGCUGCCGAGCCUCAGAAUGGCCAUGCUGGUCAUCUUAACCAGCAGCAGAUUGCCCAGGUCCACCAGCUGCGUAUGAUGCUCGAGGCUGAGGGAUACACGGAUCGUCUGGACACAUUGACUUUGUUGAGAUUCCUGCGAGCACGCAAGUGGGAUGUCAACUUGUCCAAGGCCAUGUUCAUUGAUACCGAAAAGUGGCGAAAGAAGACCAAGCUCGACGAGACCGUUCCCACCUGGAAUUACCCCGAGAAGCCCGAGGUUGCCAAGUACUACAAGCAGUUCUACCACAAGACCGACAAGGAUGGCCGUCCCAUUUACAUUGAGACACUCGGCGGUAUUGACCUUACUGCCAUGUACAAAAUCACCACCUCUGAGCGGAUGCUCACCAACCUUGCCGUCGAGUACGAGCGACUCGCCGACCCACGGCUGCCCGCCUGUUCUCGCAAGGUUGGCAACCUUUUGGAGACUUGCUGCACCAUCAUGGACCUCCAAGGCGUUACCCUGACCAAGGUCCCGUCCGUCUACUCCUACGUUCGCUCGGCUUCCGAAAUCUCUCAGAACUACUACCCCGAGCGUCUGGGAAAGCUGUUCCUGAUCAACGCGCCGUGGGGUUUCUCAACUGUCUGGAGCGUAGUCAAGGGUUGGCUUGACCCCGUCACCGUCAAGAAGAUUCAUAUUCUUGGCAGUAGCUACCAGACCGAGCUGUUGAAGCACGUCGACCGCGAGAGUCUGCCCGUCGAAUUUGGGGGUACGUGCAGAUGCGACGGUGGCUGUGAGAACAGCGAUGCCGGUCCGUGGCACGACCCAGAAUGGGCUCGACCUGCCUGGUGGGAAAAGACAGAAGAGAAGAUCAUUCAGAACGACGGCUCCAAGAUUGAGACGGCCCAAGAGGCCCCUGCUGCUGAGCCCGUCCUUGUCGCCGAAAAGGCCCAGGACGAGAUAAAGGGCGAGGCAAAGCAGGCUGCUACCGCUUAA